CUAACAGUUUUCGGCCACAAAUAUACCUGUCCUAAACUUUAUUAUUAUUUAUAAGUGAUCGAUUUUUCUACACGUUUUUAUUUGUUUCUUUUAUCUUUUAUAAGAUUUUUUAAUUGAGAAGAAAAUAUUAGUUCACAUGGCAAGAAUACCACAAUAAUGCGUGACGCGUGACCAAUAUUCGAAAUUUUAAUCAUUUAUCCGGCCCGUGGAGCUAUUGAUUUCCUCUCUGACUCAUGUGAAGAAAUAAAGAAUAUGGCUGCGACGAGAUAUCAAGACAAAGUAACAAUUGUUACGGGUGGUAGCAAGGGCAUUGGUGAAGGCAUAGUUCGGGAGUUCGUUAAAGCUGGCUCCAAAGUUGUGUUCUGUGCGAGAGGAGUGGAAAGUGGUUUGCUGCUCGAGAACGAGUUGAAUGCAAGUGGACCAGGGCAGGCUAUGUUUAUUCCAUGUGAUGUCUCCAAAGAGGGAGAUCUAAAGAAUGUGGUCGAUAGGACGGUCGAGAAGUACGGGCGGUUAGACUGCUUGAUAAACAACGCAGGCCGACACCCUUGUCAUAAGAGCGUAGAUGAUACUUCCGUAAAUGAGCUCCGAGAUCUACUGGAAGUCAAUUUAGUGAGCUACUUUCUAAUGUGCAAGUUUGCUUUGCCGCAUUUGCGCAAGACUCAAGGGAACAUUAUCAAUCUGUCCAGCCUAGUGGCCCAAAUUGGUCAGCCGGGUGCGACCCCUUACGUUGCUACCAAGGGAGCUAUAACAUCGUUUACGAGGGCACUUGCUAUAGAUGAGGCGGAACACAAUGUCAGGGUUAAUAGUGUAUCUCCUGGCAAUGUCUGGACCCCCAUGUGGGAGGACCUCGCAAAAUCCUCAGGCGAUGCAGCGAAAGCAAUAAAAGACGGCAACGAGGCGCAGCUACUCGGCCGUAUGGGGACGCUGGAGGAGUCGGGCCAAGCUUGUCUGUACCUCGCUGCAGAUGCGACUUUUACUACUGGCACUGACAUGCUUCUAUCAGGUGGAGCCGAACUGAAUUAUGGGAAAAAGACGAGAAGGUCGUAAACGAACUUUCAAGUACGCGAAAAAAAAAAAAAAAAAGCAGGAGGAGGAAAUGUUGAGAAGACCCUUAGACGUAUUUCCUUCCUUAUUUUACGCACUACAAUGUCCGGCACUUUACGGAGCCUUUAGAAGGGCCAUGUGAUUGUGCUCAUUUUUUCGCACUACACUAAAAUUUAAGAACAUAUUCAGCCUUAAAAUGCUCCAACAAUAAGAUCGGCUCAGCCUCAACUGAAAAUUAGACGUUUUUAUAAAAAAAGAGUGUGUAAUUUAGAAAAUGUGCAAAUAGCAGCUCUACGUUAAAGAUACUGCGUCCGUAUAUAAAGAUGUUUUUCAGUAGAGUUCAGUGUGAAAAAAAAUAACAGAAAACGAAAUCCAUACAUGCUCUCUAAUUUAACCAGAAGGCAAUGUCACUUUUCUUAAUUGAUGACUUUUCCGUCAGAAAAGACUUCCGCUAGAACAUGUAAAAUUAAUUGAAUUUUUUAUUUCUGGAUAACGCGUUUGUUAUCGAUGAUUUUAAUUAAAAAGUAUUUUUUUUUUGGCGAAGGUCUUUAAAGAAUCAUGUAGAACAUUGUCCUGGCUAUAUUAACCCGCUAAUGUUUCUGUGGGGGUCUAUUAGUGGGUGGAAUGAUAUAUUAUUUGGUAUGAUAAAAAGAAAGAGGAUUCCAUUUCACACAAUAGUCAAGUCAAUUUUACAUCCUUCUAUCUGAGUAGAAACGCAGGUUACUGCAAAAUAAAAUUAAUCCGCGAACUUUAAUGUGACGCGCAGCGAAGCAAAGUUGAGGAGACGAAUAUUAAUGGUCAUAUCCUUUAUUUUUUUUUUCUCUUUGACAGGGGAACAAAAUAAUGUCUUCUUUUAUAGCCAGCAUUGUUGCAUGUCAACCAAAAUAAAUAAUCGUUUUCGAAA